AUGGCGUGGGAGCUGACGUAUAAUUGGCGUGUGGGGGCAUGUGGAGUGGAGGAUAACAUAACGGAUAAUCUCACAAACUUGGCUGACGUUGAAAAGCUUCCUAUGCUGGUUGAUUGGGCCAUCGGGAAUACCACGUGCGAGGAGGCCAAGAGAAACUCCAGUGGCUAUGCUUGCGCCAUUGACAACUCUGAAUGCUACAAACCUGUAAACGGCUAUGGCUACCGCUGUUGUUGCAAUAGUGGAUUUGAAGGAAAUCCUUAUCUAACUCAUGGAUGUAUAGAUAUUAAUGAAUGCGAAAAUAAGACUCUAAACAAUUGCACCAAGAAUGAGUACUGCAAUAAUACACAAGGGAGUUACACAUGUUCUUGUCCCAAACAUUUAGAUGGUGAUGGACGAGGUGAAGAUGGCUGCAAGCUUGCCUCAAAGAAGCAGAAUAUGAUGAUUGCCUUUAUCUUCAUUGGAGUUGCCUCUGGGAUUAUUACUCUGCUACUUGUUGUUAUCCUACUCUACAUGGAACUCAAGAGAAGAUCACAGAGAAAGAAGAAGCAACGAUUCUUCCUCCAAAACGGUGGACAAAUGUUACAGGAGAAACUGGCGAGGAGAGAAGCCUCAUCGGACAUGGUCACCAUUUUCAGCUCAUCCGAGCCAAAGGCUACCAACAACUUCCACAACAACAUGAUCAUUGGCCGAGGUGGCUUUGGUACCGUGUACAAAGGUGUGCUAGCGGACAGAAGAACCGUUGCCAUCAAAAGGUCCAUAAGAGUUGAUCCCGCACAAAUCGAGCAGUUCAUCAACGAGGUAGUUGUUCUAUCUCAAAUCAACCACAGGAAUGUAGUAAUACUUCUUGGUUGUUGCCUAGAAACAGAUGUUUCGCUUUUGGUCUACGAGUUCAUUAGCAACGGCAUCCUUUCUUCACACCUUCACAAUGAGGUUAAGGCGUCUGCUCUUGAUUGGAGCACGCGUCUGAAGAUUGCUGCAGAAACUGCAGGGGUGCUGUCAUAUCUGCACUCUUCAGCUUCUAUUCCCAUCAUACAUAGGGAUGUCAAGUCGGACAAUAUCCUCUUAGAUCACACUUUUACAGCUAAGGUGUCCGAUUUUGGAGCAUCAAAGUUGGUUCCGAUUGAUCUCGAGCAGCUGUCCACUGUAGUGUUAGGAACUUUGGGAUACCUUGACCCUGAGUAUAUGCAGACGAACCAAUUAACAGAGAAGAGUGAUGUUUAUAGUUUUGGAGUUGUUCUGUUGGAGCUAGACACAGGGCGGAGAGCAUUGAAUUUUGAUAAGCCGAUAGAGGAGAAGAGUCUAGCCAACUAUUUCCUGUCUGUACUCAAACAGGAUAAGUUGUUUGAAAUUCUUGAUGAAAAAAUUGCGAAUUCAGAAAAUAUGGAUCAAAUAUCUUUGGUUUCUAAGCUAGCGAAAGAUUGCUUGAGCGUGAGAGGCGAAGAUAGGCCGAGCAUGAAGGAGGUGGCAAUGGAGCUUGAAGGGCUAAUACUCGGAGGAAAGCACUCAUAGGAACGAAAUAAUGCAGACAAUGCAGAGGAGAUGGAGUCUUUGCUAUCAAAUAAUCCAGAUGGAAUGAGAGGUGUGAACUCAAGUGUGGGAUAUGACAGCAUUAGCAGGGAUCAUAUUGUUUUACCAAUCAAUGUAGGAAGAUGAUAUUUUACUUUGAGAAUUUAUGUGUAUAUGUUCAUGUUGAGUUUUGUGAUUUAGUAUUGUGUAACAUAUUGUGUUUUGUAAUAUCAAUUGUCUGUUUUUGUUA